AUGCCAGUCUAUUACACACCUCCCCCGACCCCCCCACCUGCCAUCCCUUCUCCAUCACCUCCGCCAUCACCGCCCCUAGCCCUCCCGGACCCAGAUUCCUACCCACCCUACCCCUCCUCACACUCCUCGCGUUCCCGUUCCAAGUCAACCAAAUCCUCACUCUCCUCCUCUUCUUCUUCCAAGCCCAAACACAGCCACUCCUCCGACAACCACGAAGAAGGAGGCCACAAGAUCCCCUACGUCUUCCUAGGCUCCAUAGCCGCCGCCUCCUUCCUCGCACACAAAUACUGGCCUAAAGGUUACGUCUACGGCGACAAGGAAGACUGGGAGCUGUCCAAAUACGAGAGAAGGGCCAGGGAGAAAUUGCAGGCCGCAAAGGCCGCCAAGAGGGGCAAGGUAAACGAGAGGGAAGUUAAGAGUUACAGUCCCCCACCACCGGCGCAGGACGGCAGGGAGGCGAGAAGGGGUGGGUAUGCCUAUAAAGGGCCACCUCCGGUAUCCCACAGGAGGGAAGUGUAUGAAGAACAGGAGGAGGGGGGGGUGUACAGCAACCCCGGAAGUAGAAGAGGAAGCCUGAAAGGUGCCGCCCCCCGGGGAAGAAUCGAUCCGAGGGGUUACUACAACGACGACGACAGAGAGUAUACCAGAGGUCUCACCAAAUACACCACCACUCCCUCAAUCCUACGGAGUAAGAGCCAAAGCGGGAGAGACCAAUUCUAUUCUGACGUUGUGCCCUCUCGGGACCGAUCCCUUCCUCCCCGUCGCGCCUCCUCUGUUGCGAACGAAGAAUAUUACAUGACACCGGCCAUCGGUCCAGCGGCCAGCCGGAAUAGAGAUAGUCACUACCCCCCGCCACCUCCGCGAAGUUAUGUUUCUGGGAGGGAGUUGAGCAGACCGAGAUACCUGAUUGAAGAGCCCCGAGAUGGACCGCCCCUGCUUGCCAGGCCAGAAAGCAUGAGGGGUAGAGAGUUGCAGAGGAGGCCAUACUAUGAUGAAGAGGUUGUAGCCCCGAGGGUUCCGAGAGAAGAGGUUGUGUAUGUGUACCGGGAUGCGCCAUCAGCAAGAAGCAGAAGGGCGUCUGUUGACCUGGGGGCUGGGAGGAACAGGGCAUUUGACUGGGAUUAUCGGUGA